UUUGGUUCUUUGGAGUUCUGUGGAUUUGUUCUGGGAGAUCUGGUGCAGGACUUUUCCAUUUCAGGAAACCAGAGUGCCAGACCCUGCCAGUGCCCACUGCUAGCAUGGUCUGCACGUGUGUGUGUGUGUGUGUGUGUGUGUCUCCACCUCACUGCCAUUCCUUCCAGGUGCCUCCCAGGCCAGUACUCUUGGCGCUACUGCCGAUGCUGCUGCUGGGGCUGGCACUGGCACCGGGCAAGGUGGAGCAUGGAACCUGCAGCGUUCCUGACAUACUCCGCCACUACCGCGGGGUGAUCUUUGAGGAUCUGCAGGCAGCCGUGAGACACUUCGGCAAGGGGACCCGCCAGCUCAGGCACGGAGCCCGAGCCGGGAGUCCGCCUUUGCACCCCAAAAGCCUCACUGCACCCAACAACGUUGGAGUCGGGCGGUCAGGCAGGGGUCCAAGAAAGCAAGGUCGCUCUGGGCCCUGGUGCGGAGCUCAGCAGGUAGGAGUGACUGGUCUGCCCUCGCCCUGCAGUGCGCAGCACCGUGACCUUCCCAGGGCCUUUUCCAUCGGUUUCUCCACCCCGCAGGAGCGUGACAUCCUGCUGUCCAUCUCGUCCCUGAGUCGGACCCUGCGAGGGGCGCUGGGCACGGGUCGCAGUGGGCCGCUGGAGAAGGCAGUAUGGACAGCGGCGAUGCGGACAGAGGCGGUGAUGCGUCGCCACUGCUCUGCGCUGCUGCGCCAAGUGCGUCGCACUCCCGAGUCUGCGGGCGGCCCUGCCCUGAGCCCCUGGUCCCCUCUACGACCUCAAACGCGCCCUGCCUUGCGAGGCAGCCAGAGGCGGCCCCUGCUGCAAGUGCUGGACGCCGUGGCCACAUGCUGGGAGAAGCUCUUUGCAUUGCACGCGGAUGCCUUGGACACCCCCUAAUGCGCCCUAUGCUGGGCCACCUGCCCGACGACUGGAAGCUCCCGGCCUGGCACUGGAGACGUCCCGCAGCUGGGGGAGUCCCUGGACUGUGGUCACUUGCACCCUCAGUAUCAGGCAGCAGGGGGCAGCCUCUCCCCCCACUUCUGUUAGCAGUGAGGGGAAGGGGUGGAAAGGGAGGGGAGGGCUGCGCUUUGUGAAUUUGGAGCAAAACAACCGGAUAAAGGAGCUGGCCCUGGAGCGAGGGUUUCCUGCGCCCGGAUCAG